UCCGAAUUCACAUGCGGGAAAAUGCCACUGAAUUCUCGCAAGUAAACAAAUCGGCAGACACAAACUGUCACUUUGUACUAGGGAGGGACGACUGCGCUGAUGAUUGUAUCCCUGCUUUAGACAAACUAUACAUUUCUAGAAUGAAGCGCGGCUGCGGCUGCGGCUGGAAAACAGUGUUUAAUGCAUCGCUCGUCACUUCAGGGGGAGCUGUGAAUUAAUUUAGCUAAACUGCAACAUGGUCAUCUUGUGGAAAUAUUACCAACGAUCCAUCAGGUACGUCCACACCUUGUACCUGGGUGUGCAAAGUCGCUGGCAUGGUGGCCCGGGUCAGCGUCAUUUCUACUGGCGCCUGAUGUUCGAGAGCGCUGACAUCAACAUGCUGCGUCUGCUGGAGGCUUUCCUGAAGAGCGCACCUCAACUAGUGCUGCAGCUCAGCAUCAUGAUCCACAGCAACCACAUACUGCCACUGCAGGGUCUCUCAGCAUCUGCCUCAUUGGUUUCUCUCGCCUGGAUGAUCGCAUCCUACCAGAAGGUUCUGCGUGACUCUCGUGACGAUAAGCUCCCCAUGUCCUACAAGGCAGUGAUUGUCCAGAUGCUUUGGCACCUCUUCACCAUCGGUGCUCGAACCAUCGCCUUCGCCCUCUUCGCUUCAGUCUUCCAGCUCUACUUUGGGAUCUUCAUCGUAGCCCAUUGGUGCGCCAUGACCUUCUGGAUCAUCCAGGGUGAGACUGACUUCUGCAUGUCUAAGUGGGAGGAGAUCAUCUACAACAUGGUGGUAGGCAUCAUCUACAUCUUUUGCUGGUUCAACGUGAAGGAAGGUCGUGCCCGCUUUCGGCUGGGCGUGUAUUACUGCGUGACCUUGUUUGAGAAUGUCGCGCUCACUGCCGCUUGGUAUAUUCAUAGGGGACCUCACACCUCUGACUUUUACGCCCUGAUUAUUGUGUGCGUUGUAGUGUGUAGCUAUGCCUUGGGAACAUUCUUUAUGUUUGUCUAUUAUUGCCUGCUCCACCCGGACGGACCUAUUCUGGGCACUCAGUGGAGCUGUGUUGAGGAAGGAAUGGGAGUUAUUGGCCUGGGAGGGAUUGGGGACUUGGGGACACCCUUGCCCCAGCCAGACGUGGUCACUAGCCCUCCAAGAACACUCCCGAGGACUACUGGUGGGGAUCGGGAGAAUGGGGCUGGAGAUAGAGACAGUUGCAUGCCUGUGUUUCAGGUGAGGCCUCCUAGUGUUCCCCCACCUUCUUCCCCACGUCCCCCAAGAACUGAAGGUCCGGUUAUCCGCAUCGAUCUGCCAAGAAAAAGGUACCCAGCCUGGGACGCCCACUUUAUUGACCGUAGGCUGAGGAAAACCAUCCUGGUGCUGGAGAAUACGUCUCCUGUGACACCCCGUAUUCAGUACCAGACCUUUAGCAACCCCAAAGAAGUGAUGGAGUAUGAGACUACGGUGUAAUGUUGUUCAUACCACCACCUUCCACAAGACAUCUCUAUGCAGAGGUGGGACUCAGGAGGCAGAUGCCGCCAUGAGGUUACAGCCCGAUCCUUGGUGGUCGGCAUGGUGCUACAUGGUGGGACCUCACCACGUUUGGCAUCCAGGGGUGCAUCAGUGGUCCAAGAGUGCACAUCAGGCUUGAUGGAAAUAACAUGGGGUUUACAUGACUUGCAUGGGAGGUGAAACUAAGAAAGGGACUUACCUUUCUGCCUAUGCACUGAACACAUGAAAAGAGUUUAACGGACGGUGACAAGAAUGAGACAUUUGUAAAAUAUAGAUGACAUGACCAAUUCAGUAUUCCUCAGGACCAGCCUGACUGCUGUAUUGGUCUUACGUUUAAUGUUUCAGUGACCUGAAAACAGUACAAAUUGUGUAUUAUUUGCUUCUGUGAAUGGUAAGGUUAGCGAGUUCAAUCAUCCAUUUCCUCGAAAGAGUUCUUCUGUAUUUACUGACUUAUUUAUUAAUUAGAUUUAUUUUUAUGACUCUGUGGCCAUGUCUUUGAUAUAAUUCUUCUAACCGAAUAUUCAUAAAUAGAUAGUAUUUUUUGUUAUAUGUAUUCAAUAGAAUGGUGCCAGUGUGUUGGUAUGAAUGUUUCUGUUUUUUUUUUUUUUUUUGAGGGUGGGGGGGUUGUCUGGUCAUGCUGCAUUGUAUAACUGUAAAGAUGAAGAAAAAAGUCAUAUAGUAAGACAAAAAGCUGUGAUCACAUUGUAGUUGGAUAAAAAAAAUAAUGCUGUAAAAACUGAAUCAGAUGACAGCCUCGGAAAAUAGUAAAACGAAAUUGAAUAUG